CAGCAGAAGGUGCAGGAGAUCAAGAAAACAGGGAGACUAAAGAGUUCGAGCGAAUCAACACAGCAGCUAGCAAGCUAGAAUGGCAAUUUUGGAGAUUGAGGAGGAAGUAUGCAGCAGCCAAGCAUUGCCUCUUCUCUCGUUGAAUCAUGUUUCACUGGUGGUAAAAUCUGUUUGGGCUUCCGUCAGAUUCUAUGUUAAUGUAUUGGGCUUUGUUCUCGUCAAACGCCCUUCUUCUUUUGAUUUCCAUGGAGCUUGGUUGUACAAUUAUGGUAUCGGCAUUCAUCUCAUUGAAAGAGACGCCAUGGAUUGUGAGUACCAGACCUCAAUUGAACCGCGUCGCAUUGAUCCAAAAGAUAACCACAUUUCCUUUCAGUGCACUGAUGUGAAGCUCGUGAGGAGGAGAUUAGAAGACAUGGGAAUGAAGUACGUGACCGCAGUAGUGGAGGAUGAAGGGAUCAAGGUUGAUCAAGUGUUCUUCCAUGACCCUGAUGGCUAUAUGAUUGAAGUUUGCAACUGUGAAAAUCUUCCAGUCCUUCCAAUCUCUUCACCCUGCCCCUUCAAGCCAAAUUUCAGCAGUGUAAAAUACGACAAGAUGGGAGGGAUAACAAAUUCAUGUGCUCUAGUCUUGGAGACUAUCAUGAUGGAGAGCUUGACCACGGAAAUGAUGAACUUUUCCUUCUGAAAAUCCAUGGAUGAACCUGGUCUGCUAGCUCUCUCUCUAUCUCUUGCCAAUGCUUGUUCGUUCCCUCUUCAUAAAAGGGAUCAAUUUCAAGUUGACAAAACUCUAUUGCACCAUAUGAUUAAGAUGUGAGUCAUGUAAGGAUAUUGGUUGAUUUCUAUCUGUUUUGUAAGAUUGAGGUGAUACACUUUUUUACAUGUGUACUGCAUGAAACAUUUGGUUUAAUCCUUCCCGCUCCAGGAACUAAACAUGUAAAAUUAUGCAUAACGAUUAUAAAUUUGUGUCUUUUUUUUUUUAA